AAAUAAAACCGAUCCACUAAAGAUUUAGACAAACUGACAAGGAGCUUUGGCCUCUGCAAACUGCCCAAACAUCCCUCGUUUCCGCAAGCCCAAACAAAAUGCCCAAAAUCCACUGCCGAGUAGCCAAAAUCAGGACAUACCCUAGCCCCCUGCCUAACGAGCCUGCUCAAGAUCAACACCAUUUCCACCAUUUCCAUUGAGGUCCAAAUGGCCAAAUGGUGGCGCGCCGUCGCCGGCGGCCUCAGGACGGUGGCGAGGUCCCCUAGGCCCUCGUCUUCGUCGUUGUCGACGUCAUCUCCCAGUGCUGCGUACCACACAAUCCAAGCCGUUCCGAGAGAGCUCACGGGAAGCAGAGUCUCCGCCAGGGACAGAGCUCAGGGCAGAAUCCCAGCCGUUGUGUUCACACAAGAGUACAUUCAGAAAAACUCUACCGGCGGCGGAACGGACGUCGUCGCCAGCGCGUGCGUGUCGAGGAAGCAUCUCAUCACGACCGAAAGGAAGCAGAUUCAGUCCAUCCUCAAGUCUGUAGAACCCGAUUUCUUUUGCUCCACCACGUUCAAGCUCCAGAUCCGCGCUGGGUCCGGAUCCUCCGUUCUCCUUCAAUCCGGGACUGUACUCCCCAUCAAGGUUCAUAAGGAUCGGGAGACGGGGAUGAUAAUGAACCUGGUGUUUGCUUGGGCUGAAGAAGGUUCAGAGUUGAAGGUUGAUGUGCCCGUUGUUUUCAAAGGAGAAGAUGUCUGUCCUGGACUUAAGAAAGGUGGGCAUCUGAACAGGAUAAGAAUGAGCCUGAAGUACCUGUGCCCGGCUGAACACAUUCCUGCAAAAAUUGAGGUGGAUGUGAGCAAUCUAGAUAUUGAAGAUAGAGUAUUUAUGCGCGACGUAAAGGUUCAUCCGUCAUUGAAGCUUCUAAGCAAGAAUGAGGAUAUGCCUGUCUGUAAAAUUGUGGCAACAUGUUUGGGCUCCUCAGAACCUGCACAAUUGAAGGCAUAAAUCUUGUAGUGUUUGGCAGUUUGGUGACCCAAAUGAAAGAGGGAUUUGAUUUUCCUGUUCAGAAUGUAAUUGGACAUGGGCACAUGGGUUGGGUAAUCCUUUCCUUUGGCUGGCCUGUCUUUUGUUUGUAUAAUGAUCUUUUUGCUGCCAAGUUUGCAGACUGAGAAAUUAGAAAAUUGUUUUGUGGAAUUUAGGGUCACUUACCUAGUGUUGAUUUCAAGUAUUGAAUUUGUUUUUUUAUUUGUUUGAAUUUAGACAAAUGUUAGCAUAAAAUAAUAUAUUUAAAUUCACAUAAAUUGA